CGGGAAAACGUAUGUAUUUGUGAUCAUACAGUGUUCCUCAUAAGCUGUGCUCUCUUGUUUCAGAUUGUCGAUGGGAGCCACAGACUGCGAGUGCGCGGCACUGUCUCUUUAAACGCGCCUGGUGUGAAAAGUUCAGUCAAGAAGGCUGUGCGGAGGAGGGUUCUGCGCGGUUUGAUGCAGAGAUCGGCGUCUGAUAUCGCGAGCGCAGUGCAGCAGAUGGCUGGCGACGGCGGCGAGGCCAAGCGUCUGCCAAAGAGACCGUUUCACGGCGAAGUAGAGGAGAACUCCAGCGCGACCAUGAAUGAAAACGUCAAAAUGAAGCCCGGGAAAAAGACUCCGGCUGAACGGCGCGGUAAGGAGAACUCUGCCGCCAAGUGCACUGCUUUGACAAGCGGCUCUGCAGAGGCGAAGAUGGACCAGACCGUAAUUCACAGUCCCCAAACGCGAGAGGACCCGAGCAUUUUCUUCGACGAGGACAGCAAUCACAUUUUCCCAGUGGAGCAGUUCUUUGGGAACAUGGAUGUUGUUCAGGUAAGCUGA